GGGAAACACUGGUGCUUUAUCUUCGCUUUCUUUUACAAGAAACAUAAACUCCUCUUCGUCAACGAGGUCUUCACUGUACAGGUAAGCUGCUGCUUCAAAAAGCUCAUUAGACGCCAUUUUGUUUAUUUUUGUGGGGUUGUCCUCGUUUCGUAAUCUAAACAGUGGGAUCCCGUGGCGACGACGACAUAUAGAUCCCAGACUCCCUCGCGAUAGAACUUUGUCUUCGUCCUCGUUCUCGUCUUCAUUCUAAACCUCCCUAAUUCCAGGAAGAACAACAACAGCAAGCGCACUGUUUGCAAAGCAAGAUGGCGGAGAGCAGAAGUCAAAACAAGGGACGUGCGUGUUUUGCAAUGGCAGUUACGAAGAGAAGGGAUGCAGUGAAGUCAAGACAAUCGAAGAUAGGAAGAAAAUUCUUUAUAAACAAGGACGCUGUCUUUUUUGCUUGAAACGAGGACAUAAAGCCUACGAUUGCCGCACUUAGGUUUUAUGCAAUAUAUGUUCGAUUUGCGAUAAUUAUGUGUCUUCACAUAUGAAGCCAUCUCCAUACAGCCCAAUGCCCCUGAUAGUUUUAGUAGUACUGCUAAAUACCACCUCUUGUUUAGGUAGCAUUGAAUAUGGGGGGAGAGCAGUACUGCAAACGGCACUUGCGUUUGUAAGGAAAGCAGGUAGGAAGGUUAAGGCACGCGUGCUUUUUUAUUCUGGUAGCCAUAAGACCUUUGUUACGCGUCAGGUUAAGGAGCAACUAGGCUUGCAUCCCACACGCCAGGAGAAGCUAGGUAUUAAAACCUUUGGGUCCCUGAAUGUGGAUGAGAGAUUGAGAGAAGUGGUAAGAUUAAGACUUGAGUCCACAGAGGGAAAGAAAGCAGGAGUUAUUGAGGCAUAUGUGGUUGAAAAUAUUUCAGAGGUACAAAAUGAGAAUGUUGAGGUAAUUGAACAAGAUUUUAAGCACCUUAAAAAUAUAUGGUUCUCAGAUGUUUGUAGAUCACAAGAAGUGCUUGCAGUUGACAUUAUUGUGGGAAUAGAUUUUCUGCACAGCUUGCAAGAUGGUAAGACUAUAAGAGGGGAGCCAGGCCAACCUGUUGCCAUAAAGACAAAGCUUGGUUGGGUAAUUUCUGGUCCGCUGAAAGCUAAAGAACAUAUGAAGGCUGCUGGAUUGAACCUCAGAAAAUGGAAAACCUCAGAUCCUAUCCUAGCAAAAGAAUUUGAAGAGGAGAAAAUCAUAACUGCAAGCCAAAAUGUUUCUCCCACUGAAGAAACAUAUGCUAAGGAGACACUUGGCUCUGAGGAAGGACACGAUAGUACAAAGGUUCUAGGUAUAUCUUGGAAUAUAGGAAGUGAUGACUUCAUUUUUGAUUUCAGGAAAUUCAUAAAUAUUGAUGAGGAUGUAAAAGUAACUAAAAGAACCAUUCUUAGUAUAAUUGCAAAACUAUUUGACCCACUAGGACUUGUAAGACCAGUCAUUGUAGGUCUUAAGAUUUCCAGGAACUUUGCACUUUGAAACUUGGAUGGGACGAUGAUCUAAAAGAAACUGGAAAUAUCUCUUUGCCCAGGUGCUUAAAUGGUAAGGAAACAGGUACUGUCACAUUUUGCUAUCUCCAUGGAUUUGCAGAUACUAGUAAAAAUGCAUACUGUGCAGUGAUCUAUCUUGUCUAUGAAACUGAUGAUGGUAUUUUUUUAGGCUUAUUUGUGCAAAAACAAAGCUAGCCCCAUUGAAACAACUCAGUAUUCCUAGACUUGAGCUUAUGUCUCGACGUAUAUUGUCAACACUAAUGGACACUGUUUAUCAAGCAUUGAGCCCUCAGGUGAAAAUUGAUGGAUGCAGAUAUUGGUUAGAUUCAAAAACUGCCCUCUACUGGAUCAACAAUCAAGGGCUCUGGAAACAAUUUGUCCAGCACCGUGUUAAUGAGAUAUUACAGAUCUCAGAUAAAAGGAACUGGGGUCAUUGUGCAGGUAUCUGCAACCCUGCAGAUUUAGGCUCCAGAGGUGUAACACCCGGUGCAUUGAAUACCAGUAGGUUGUGGUGGCAAGGCCCCGAUUGGUUAGUUAUGGGGAAAAACAUUGGCCUAAACAAUUAUUGCUUUCUGAUUCACAGGAAAUCGAAGAAGAAAAGAAGAGGGAAACAAAUGCUUUAGCAGUAGCACAAGACUCAGAGAGGCAUAUUGGAAAUAUCAUAGAUGCUAAAAGAUUCAGCACUUUGGCCAAAUUGUACAAGGUUUCUGCAUAUGUUCUGCGCUUUCUUCGAAACAUAAGGCUGUCAAAGGAAGAAAGGCAAACAGAUGGUUUAACUGCAACUGAAAUAUGCGAAGCAGAAGCACAUUGGAUCAGAGAUACACAAGAACAAAUGAAGAAAUCAGGUAACUUUAAAUUACUUGCUGUGCAACUAGACGUUGUAGAAAAGGGCAACAUGUUGAUUUGCAAAGGUAGCCUAAGAAACUCUGAUUUGGACAUAGAAGCAAAGUUUCAAAUUUUAUUACCAAGAGAUAACGCAUUUACUGAUCUAGUAAAACAAGAUUGUCACCACAGAGUUAGACACUUAGGUUUAAAGGCAACCCUAGCAGAACUGCGCUCUAGGUUUUGGGUUCCAAGGGGUAGACAAUAUGUAAAAAGAAUUUUGAGCAAAUUUAUUGUGUGUAUUCACAAACAAGGAAGGCCAUGUAAUAGACCUAUAGAAGGACCCUUGCCAGACUUUAGAGUCAAGGAUGUGCCACCAUUCACAAAUGUUGGUAUUGACUUUGCCGGUCCUUCAGUAUUUUCCUUCCUACAGGACAAAAGGAUAAAAUGGCGAUUUAAUCUUGAGCGAAGUCCUUGGUGGGGUGGAUAUUUUGAGCGUCUUGUAGGAUCUGCAAAGUCUUGUCUAAGAAAUGUUUUAGGGAAUGCAAGACUUUCCUUGGAUGAAUUAAACACCACACUACUAGAAGUUGAAGUUAUACUUCACUCUAGGCCAUUGACAUAUAUUUAUGAUGAGAUUGGUUAUGAGCCCCUGACACCAAAUCAUUUAUUGCAUGGUAGGAGAUUACCUUUGCUAGCAAAUAAUCUAGAAUUUGAUGUUAAUGAGGUCAAUGAAAAUGUAGCCAUAUGCACAAAACGGUUUUGGUAUCUCAUUAAAAAGAUCAACCAUUUUGCUUCUCGAUGGAAAAAUUAAUAUCUAGUUGACUUUAGGGAACAUCACAGACAUAGAGGCACAGGGGAAGCAAACAUUCACCGAGGAGACAUUGCUUUGAUAAAAGAAGACAAUUUGAAGCGCAACCAAUGGAAAAUGGGACAAAUUGAAAACCUAAUUCAUGGGAAGGAUGGAGUUAUCAGAGGAGCAAAAGCAAGGACUUGCUCCAAGGGUAAGAAAGAUUAUUUAAGUAGAACUUUACAGAAACUUUUUCCUCUCGAGUUAAAGAAGGAAGGGAAUGAAAAUGGCGAGGAAAGCAAGAAUACCACAGGAGAAACAGAUGCAAGUAAUGAGAGCCUCAUCAAGGUUAGGCAGCAACGCGCAGCUGCUAAGGAUGCUAGUUGGAAAACCCGCAUUAUGCUUGACUCAUAGCUGGUCAAGGAGGGGAGAGUGUGGAUUUUCCCAGCCCUCUUAUCCAUUUAGUAACCCUUGCAUUGCAGCAUGGUUCCGUGUUAGUCAUGUUUACGUAGAUUCCACAGUACGUGGUUAUAUGAUUGCACUUUCAAAUGCUUAAAUAGGAAUGGAUCAUUGCUGUUUUACGCAGCAUGUAUUGUUUAGUUAACGUUUAUACGCAAAUUCUUCCUCGUAAAAAUGGGGACAGUUAAUAAUUAUCAAACCUGUGAUUGUAAUAAGUAUUCACGUGACAAAUUUACGUAAAUUGUAAGAACGCUUGUUAUUGGUUUAUAUUUCGGUGAUUCCUUGUUGGAACAUAUAAAAACAUGUGAAAUUAUCAGUAGUAUUCGUAUUCAAGCCUAGAGAAACGAGAAUUUUGUGAUGAAUAGAGAUUGCUGAGCGCUAGAAGGAUUCUUUUUCUUGGCUUUUCUCUUAGACACCGACAACUAUCCGUACAACCAGCGAAAGAUAGGCGAAAGUCUUACCAUAUAAUUUCAGGUAAAUUUGAAAUCCACCCCCCAACAAGGCUAUAUCACAAAAAUUGGUCUGUCGUGGCGAAAACUUUUUCCUUUGAAAGAACACCCCCUAAAAGAAAUUUGCAUUUGCACCAGUGUCCAAGCUAGCCAAAAGUUGUUGGUCCUGCUGUAUGGACAGGGCCACACCCUUAUUCAAUAGGAAACGCCCAUGUACAAAAAUUCUUUUUUCAGAUGAUUUUUUUCUUAAAUUCAGUAAAAAGCAAAUUUUAAAUCGAUGUCUAUCUUUUGAAAAACAAACCCAUACUUAAAGACGUGCUUUAGGGUGCUUACUUUUCAAACAAAUCUAUGUUAAAGUGUAGUAAGUCUCUACAACUAAAGUAAAAGUUCAAAUUGGUGAGAACUAAAUUUGACAAUAAAAGGGGGUAGGAGUGGCAUUUAAAGUUGCAUAUCAUAUAUUUGUGGUAGUUGAAAUAGUCUUAUUAGACUUUUCCAGAUUUUGGUCUUAUAAACAUGACCAAUAUAAAUACUAUAUUAAAAUAAUUUCAAUAAACAACAGAGUUUAAAGUCUGUAGGGGCAAGUUCACAUAUUCUGCAGAACAAUUAUUCAGCAGCUGAUAAAGAGAGGUAAAAUUGAAUAAUGUGUCGCAUUAUCAAUGAAAACAACUUCAUUAGCCAAACCAUUAGACGAGUAAACAAUUCAGGUAGAAAAAUACACUUUCGUACUAGCAGUUCAGCGUUCAGCUCAUCGGUAUUCAACAUAGCAAUCAGUCGCCCGUUAAUCUCUUACAAAUGCAAAUUCCGCUGAAAUUGGUUUAUUCUCCAACUCCAAAAUUUCAAUCACACAACAGUAAAUUCAAUUAUGCUUUCAUUGUUGCUUAGAUCAGCAAUUAACGGGAACAAUGACGCAUUUAUCCAUGGGCCCAUUGGGCCCAAGCUCAAGGGCUCCCUAAAAUUUUUAGAUUUAAGGGGCCCCGAGCAAAAUUUUGAAAAGCCUUUAAAGUGCUCUUGAUUUCAAUCUUGUGUUUAAAUUGAGCUAGGGGGCUUUCUCAAGUAAUGAGUUCCAUUCUAAGAAUGAAAUCAAGGGCGUGGUCACAAGAAUUUUUAGCUCGCUCCGCUCGCAGGGGGUCUCAUAUUUUGUUUUUAGCCCAAGGCCUUUGAAACUUUCGGUAGCUAGCCCUGGCUGGAGCUUUCACCAAUGCAAUGACUGUGCUUAGUUUUUUGCUCAGUUUGCCAUUGCCAUACGGAUGUUCCUCCGUUGAAAAUUGUUUACCAUGCUGAAAAGGGUAAAGAAAAGGAUUGAACUGAUGUCCACAAUGUCACAGUAGCACGUUGUUGCUUUAUGUUUAAUGACAGCAGAUUUUGAUAGCCUGGGAGUUUCAAACUCCAAUAAACUCAUCGAAAAGAUUUCAGCAGUUAAAUAAAGACAAAAGACAUUAGCGUCAUUAAACAAGGGGCAAGGAUAGUUUUAUUGGGAAUGUACUGAAAUGCGAAAUGGAUACAAGUUUAUUCGCGUCUUACAGUUUUUAUCUAUCAAACUAUUUAGUGAAUAUAAACCUGGUUGGUAUGCAAAAAAUGUGAAACAAAUCUAAUGCUUUAGUGCACAUUUGAUAAAAACACAAACGUUACAGAGCACUUAAGUUGACUGCGAGCGAAGGGAGCGGAAAUAUUUGCCGGCCACGCCCUUUGAAUGAGCUUGAAAUACAUUUCAGAAUGUUUUCUACAGUCGGUUACUACGUUUUACAAUUUUUUACUUUGUAUACUUUGUUGCGUUUUAUUAAAAUUUAGUUCUUAAAUUGGAAUUCCUGGCUUUAAAAGGCCCCAUAAACCUGGAGGCCUUUGGGCAGUUUGCCCUUCCUAGUCCCCCUGUCGGCGCCCCUGUUCAUAUUCCACGUAUCUCUCUCACAGAGGUCUGUUUGUCCUGGGUUUUACAAACUCACUUCAAAGGGGCCCACCGGAAAAUAUUCUGGUGUCCCGCCUAGCUACAACGCCCAAGCUUGGAAGUACCUAAAAAUCGGUAACAAAAUGAUAUUUCACCUUGUAGUUGUUUCAGCGACCCCGGCUUGAGAACGAGGCUUUCAUUGUUGCUGAUGUUCUCGAGUGUGUUGGCAGAUUUUUUAACAUGUUCAUAACAAUGUGGAAAACCUUGAAAGGGACAUUUAAUUUUUUUCAAUAACAUAUGCAAAUAAACGUGACCAAAGGUUCAAAUAUUUGUGUUUAAUAAGACUGGUGAUUUUUGGUGAUAAAUGUGAUUAAUUUGUGAAGUGUGAUUAUUUUCGAGAGCGUAUGUGAUUUUAAGCAGUUAUUUGUCCUUCGUCCUGAGUUAUGACAGGCAAAAAAUUACAAAACUUUCAAAAUUGGGGGCAUUUGACAAAAUGGCAAAUGGGGGGAUUUCGAUUUUGAUGAUGUUUUCAAAUGCUCCUUGGUUACAACAAAAAUGAUACAUACAGUGAAAUUUAAGAGUGGGAUAUUACUGGAUAAGAGUGGACAUUCUUUUGGCCCUCACGUUCCAACCUGUGUCCGUGCCAAAUAUAUUGGUUAACAAGUCGAAUUAGAAAUUUCAUAUCUAUCCUGCUUUUUCACAGGCAACGAGGUCUCUGCCUGUUAGAAAUCCAAAAUCAAAUUUUGAGUUCAUUUUUUACACAAAAGCAAGGACCGAGAUACCGUGGGGGCCAGGGGGCCUUGACCCCCAAAAAAACUUAAACGGUAUUUGUAAAGUACUUUUAUUAUGA